CAUGCCGGCUGGCCCUUUGUUCUCGUGCGAGCGAGCGAAUCGCAUUCCAACUCACCUCACUCUGCGGGAGCAAACCUGUGCUGUGCUGAGCUGAGCUGAGCUGAGCUUGCAAAAAAGGACGGGACGAGCAGCAGCAGGGACGGGCAGCGCUCGCCGCCUUGCAUCUCUUGUCUUGUCUUGUCUCGUCUUGUCUCGUUUCAUCUGCGUCCUCUCGUCUCCUCUCGUCUCCCCUCAGUCGGAGGCAGCCAUGCCCGCCUUCUUCCAGUUCACACAGGGCUCUGAAUCGCGCGCGCGGCCUACGGACUCGUCGCCUUUGCUCGGUCGCUAUCGAGCCGUGCCUCCUCGCCCUGGCAUCGGACCGCGUCGACCGAGCAGCCCCUUGGGAUUGCUGGCCGGCCACUAUGGAAACGGGCGCGAAAGCAUACACGUUGGCUACGGAGCGGUGAUUGCGGCCGAGAUCGAGGCGGGGCUUCUGAGUGACGGCUCUGGGGAUGCUGACAGGGCUGUUGGCGACUCGAGGUGGGAGAGGCUGUGGCAGGGCUACUUCAUCGAUCUCUUUGUUGAUCCAAGGCCCUCGGCGGUGAAGCGUGUGGUGGACAGGUGGUGGAGCCGAUAUGGACUGCUCGUCUUCCUCCCCGCGGCGCUGGCCGUUGCGUGGUGUGCCGUGCCUUUCCCGCAGUACUCGUUCCCAGACGAGGGCAACGACGGCGACCAAGCGAAUGGCAUCUGGCAGCGACUUACACGAACCACGGCGACGUUCGACAGCAAAGUCCCCGGUCACGGAGCGGCCCGUGUGCAGGUCAACUUUUGGUUCUUCCUCUUCGUCUACUACGGCUUCUAUAACCUCAGUGCUCUGAUUUGGAUCACCAAAGUAUUCAAUCUUUACAGGUUGAAUUGGUGGCCACAGUCUUUUGGGUUCCCAGUAACAAUCUCUCUUCUAGCAAUCAUAUCUCUUGCUGUGCCCAUUCCCGUAUAUUUCGUCCCUUCUACUCGCUUCCUCACCGUUCACAACACUGCAUGGGUAUCAUGGACGUUCAUCGUCAUGGCCAUGCCAGUCGCCAUCGCCUUUCUUAUCCUCAUGACAAACGAACGACAUAUUGGGCUACGGCACUCUCUCUCGGAGACACAGCGCAUCUUUACGACCUCGUGGUGGACAGGGGAGCCCGACUCGUUUCCUAACCGACAACGCCGGCGCCGCGAUCUCACCGACGACCUCUGGGAGCAAGAUGUUUUGAGAGUUCUGCCCCCUUCUGGUACAUCCAGAGUGGCUCUGCGGCGCCGAUGGCUGCCAGCAAGCUUUGUGAGGUUUCUGUGGUUCUGCGUAGCGCUCUUUAUUGGGUUGAUGGCGUAUGUUCUGGGAGAAGCGUAUGCUGAAAUCUACCUCCGCACGCUGCCUCACAACAAUUUUGAGACUGUCGUAUACGUAUAUGGCUGGGUAGUAACCGUGCAUUUGCUGGAUGCUCUGACGGGUUGGGUGCUGGGCAUCAGGGAAGGCGAGCGCGUAGGGAGCUAUCCUUUGAGCUGGGUUUUUAAACUCUAUUUUAUGCUUACCUACCAGACCUACGUCCGAGCUCUAUACGCCCGCCUUCGCUCGCCGUCCCAGUUCGUUAUCCUUCAAGUUCUCUCUUCCACAGGACUGGUCAUCAUAUCGCCCAUCAUGAUGACUCGCUUAUUCCACAAGAUUCUCACCAUCCUAGGCCUUAGUGGGCUGACGUAUGGCACAUAUCAAAAGCUGCAAACUCGAAACCUCUUCAUCCGCUUCCUGGCCGAAAACACAUCCAUGGCCACCUUCUUGGGAAGCAUCCUGGUGCUCCACUUUGGCGCCAACAAGGAGGUGUAUCCGUACUUUGCCUUUGACAAGGCCGAGGACCAGACGCUGCAGUACGACUUUAACCUGACGUUUUACGCUUCCAUGGUGACGUGGGGGUGCGAGCUGGUCGCGAGUCUCGUCGUGCGGGGGCUGAUUGCCCUGAUUUUCAAAAUCGACGUUGGGCUGGAGGGCAAGUUGGAUCUGGCCGUCUGGCCGGAGCUUUUGCCUACCAGCGUUGCUGUCAUUCUCCACGUUUUGCAGAAUAUGCUCUUCUCUAUUAUACGUUUGCAGUUUCGUACGUGAAGCGAAAAAAAUUAUGUGCUGGGGGCGGGGGGGACAUUGUCAACCAAUUGUUGGUUGACUUUGACUUUGUGGAUGAGGGAAAGCAAACAAGACAAAAGCAAUUCUUGUUUCUUAUCUGCGCUCUCUCCUCAGUGGCCCCUGCAAGAUGUUUGGUUUUCUUUAGACUUGUGAUUUGAUUUGAUUUGAUUUCAACGAGAUAGAUUUGCUAGCGACUGACUACCUGCCUCUUCCCCCCUCCUGUUGGCAUCCUUACGUACCCAAGUCCCCUCCUUUUUGCUAGAGCACUUGAAGCAGUCUGAUACCCCUGCCGCCCACCAUAUCUAGUAUUGCUUUCUUGUUCUUUAUAGAGCGUUGGGAACUUAAUGCUACAGAUCUAGAUCUACUUGCGAGUGCUAGCAAUUUUUGAGCAGUCAAAGAAUGGUACGAGUUGAAAGAUAAAUUACCCCUAAAGCAUGCUAUCAAGUUGUUUAGCUGCACAGCAUCUCGUUAAUUGAGAGUAUCACAAAGAAGGCGAUAGAUAUCAAAAAUCCAGACAAGUUGGAGUGGAAAGUAUUGAAUUAUUCCAAGUCAAAGCUACAGCUUAAAGUUACAGUUAGAGUAUCCGCCUAUGAAAUUAUAUCCCGCUUCUCUU